AUGGCCGACCUCCUAAACAAAAAGCCCAACACCAGCUUCCAGGGCUUGGUCACCACCUGCGUCAUCUUUGUUGCCGUCGGCGGUGUAUCCGCAAUAACGUACGAGUCGCUGCGCCAGCUCAGACGUCUUCCACGCACCCGCUUCUCCCACUUUUGGCGCAAAGAUGCUCAAUGUCGCCAUCCGUCAGGCGGCGUCCACGACAAUCCGGCGCAGGAACGCCAAACGGAUACCUGCGAGGACUGGGAGAUGGGCCAUUUCUACCAUUCGCGCGUCUUCCACGCUUCCACACCAUCCCCGCCGCUCCCACGCUGGCCCUUCGCCUGGGUAAAGCGCGCCAUCUCCUUCACCGACGACUUUUACGCACAGCACACCGGCAUGGACACCGUCGUCUACGUACGCUUCCUCCGCGCCUGCCUCUACUGGGUGCUCCUCCAGAGCAUCACCACCGCCCCUAUCCUCCUAGCCAUCCACAUCCACUUCAGUCGCGGCGUGCAGUCCACCGACAUGGCAAGAGCAUCGCUCUCCUACCUCGUCUCCACGCCCGAACCCGGAUGCGAUAUCUACGGGGACAAAAAGUGCAAGACCGUCGCCAACGAGCAGGGUCGCUCGCUCCUCUGGAUCCACCUCACCCUCCUCUGGUACCUCACCAUCACUUGGAUGCUCGCGCUCUGGUGGAUCGGCAAAGGUUCCCUCCGCGUGCGCAGGACGCAGAUCGAACGCACGCGCCAAAAGGUCAUCGAGGCAAAGCAAAACGCCCACACAGCCCCCGCGGAACCGCUCGAACGAGAUCCACACCAGGCCAUGUCGACCGCACAGGGGUUCGCUUCGGAUAACAGCGAUGGAUGGCGCCAGCGCACCCUCAUGGUCAUGAACCUGCCCGGCACCAUGCGCGACGAGGCCAGCAUCCGUCGCUACUUUGAAGAGUUCUUGCGGCCUGACGACGAUCACGAGGCCGACGACGCACCAUCGCCCGCCAACGAGCACGAGCCACACCACAGCUCGGCCUCCGACUCGGACCAAAACGCUUCUACCACCCCGAACCGCAUCCAGCCGUCGGCCGCUUACUCGUCGGCCCUCAGCGAUGCGCCCAGCGGUCCACAGCCCGACCUCCACCCAGACCGCCACCUCAAGAGCCCCGUGCAGACCGUCGUCCUCGUCCGGAAGAUGAACGAACUCGCUUCAAUGCUCGCGCGUCGACAGGAGGUGCUCACCCAGCUCGAAGGUGCACACAUCAAGCUCGCACAAGAGGUGCUCGUCACCGUCGGUCGACGCACCCUCAAGAUGCGCAAACGCGAGCGUCAGCAGGCUCAGGGCGCCGAGGCACAUCGCCACCACGGCGUCAAACGCGUUGCUUCAUCGGCCCACCGUCUCUUCAACCGCCGCAAGAACUCUGGCCACGCUGAGGAGGGAAGUGACGCCACCUCCGGCGAUUCGACGCCCUCUGAGACGCUCGAUCCGGAUCUUGAGAAGCUCGGGCCAGCACGCCAGUCCACCGCAGGCAAGGCGCUCGAGGAGGAGCUCGCCAGGCGACUCGCUCGCUUCUCUCCCACCAACCGAGGCUUGCACGCCAAACAGGCACAGCAGAUCUACGACUCCAACGCCGACGGAGAACACGAGAUGCCCGAGACCGUCUGGGAGGCACUCAGCGAGCUCCCGCGAGAGCUCCUAGACCCUUUCCAGCCUGCCACCCGGCUCUCCGCCCUCUUCCGCGGCCAGACCGUUCCGACCAUCGACUAUCUGCUCACCAAGCUCAACCUACUCACCGCGCUCGUCACCGAGAUGCGCUCGCGACCGCCCACCAGCUACGAGCCCACUUCCACCGCCUUUGUCACCUUCCGCGACCCGCGACAGGCGCGCAUGGUGUGGCGCGAGCUCAACGACCAGAUCGUCGUCAAGGUCCGCCUCGCUCCCGAGGUCAAGGACCUUGACUGGGAUCGCCUCAUGAAGACAUCCUUCACCGGCGACGUCGUGCGCGGCUUCGGCGUCAGCGUCGUCACUUGGGCCUUCACCAUCUUCUGGGUCAUCAUCGUCAACUUUAUCGUGCUCGGUGUGUUCAGCGUCGACAAGCUCAAGUCUAUCCCCGGCCUUGGCGAGUUUUUCAACGCAAACCCAAAACUCACCGCCUUUGUCACCGUCACGCUGCCGCCGCUGCUCGUUUCUCUCGCCUCCAUGUCGGUGCCCGAGCUCAUCUUCCAGGUCAGCAAGCGCGCACAGGGCUUCGUUACGUUCAGUGCGCUUUACGACAUGUGCCUCGCAAGGUACUGGAAGUUUGUCAUCUGCAACGUCGUCAUCUUCUUCAGCGUCGGGGCCACCGUCAUCGUUACCGUGCUCACCAAGGUCGGGAGCCCGAGUACCAUCGUCAACGACAUUGGCUUCGCCUUUCCAAGUGCCGCACCCUUCUUCGUCUCGUAUCUCAUCCUUCAGCUCGCGCUCCAGUCGGGCUUCGAACACUCGGGCUUCAUGAUCGCGCUCCUCCAGCAUUGGGGCGCUCGCAAGGCCGCAACGCCCAGGCUUCGAGCCAUCAAGACGCUGCCGCGCAACUUCAACAGGUACUACUGGCUGCCGCUCCACAUCAACAUCAUGGCCAUCGUCUUCAUCUUUGCCCUGCUCAAUCCGCUCAUCAUACCCUUUGCACUCGUCUACCUCGCAUUGGCCCUGGUCAUCUUCAAGAAGAACUUCGCAUACCACUAUUAUCGCCGAUUCAACGAGAUGGAAGGCGUCAUCUACUACACUAGGCUGCUGCGCUAUAGCCUAGACGCCAUCGUGGUGAUGCAGGCGGUACUCCUCAUCUUCUUUUCCGUCAUUCGUCCCGGCUCGGUCUACAUUGGCAUGACGGCGGUGCUCAUCCCCAUCACCGUCAUCGUCAAGCUCAUCGCCACGCGCCUGUGGAAGUCGCAGUGCCGCGCCGUCGACGACGAGGAGGCCGAGGCGCUGUGCGGUAUCGACUCGAGGCCGCUGUGGCAAAAGAUGCAGAGGAACGAUCUUGGACCCAGCACGGCCGACGAGGCGAGCAACAGCCGCAGUCCACUCGAUGCGCUCGCUUCGGGCCGCUAUCCGUCCGUAGUGGCACCGCCGCCCACGACGUCGGCGUUCCAACGCGUCUGGCAGCGGCUGCACGACUCUUUCAAUGCCAACGGUCUGGACAAGACGAGCUACCUCGCUGCUGCCCAUGCACGCGGACAGGCGCCAGGCCAUGCCGUCGGAGUCGGAGCCAAGGGCCUUGCCAGAACGCCACGCUAUCUGCUCAAGGAGGGGGCCAAGCACGCCUUCCACUACCGCACAGCCGCCAAGGCCACCCUGGGCAUGGAAGACGCCACCGACUCUCCACGCGCCAGCAUUCGCCCUUCGACCGAGGACAGGCGCGUUGCAGGUCUGCCUCCGACCAGCAAGAUCGAGGCUCAUCCGUACCGCACCUCGCACGAGUCUGGCAAGGCCGAGCACUUUGACGGCGAGGUGCCCAAAGACACAUCGCAAGUGUUCCAUCGCAGCCGAUCGGCCAUGCGCAAGGCGCGCGGCGGCGAACACGUCGUCCACCGUCGUCGCGGCAGUUCGCGCAGCGAGGAGCGCCCGUUCCUCUCGGGCUUUGAUGCCAUCUCUGCCCACGCGCCGCUGCCGAGCGAGGACGACUACGACCUUAGCUUCGAAGACGGCGAUGCGCCAUUCUUGGAGCAUGAUGCCGACGGAGGCCUCGGACGUCAUGCCAGCCGGCGCUCGAGGCGAGGGGCGAGCCGCAAUUACGGCACGCUUCGCAGGAAGCCGAGCCAGCUCGCCACGGUCGCUGAUGACGAGUCGGCUCAGAUUGGCAAGUCCGAACUGCUGGAUCGCGAGCCAGUCGAUGGCCCAUCUGGCUCCGACCCGCUCAGCGAAUAUGCCGAUGGUACCGAGAAGCCAGCUCCUGCAACGUACGCGGGUGCAGGCGGUGCUGCGUACGGGCACUCGUACGGUGGCUCGGAACGAAAAUCGCUCGACUAUCACGAAGACGACGACUCGCUCAAAGGGCGUGCAGUGGUGCGACCCCACCCGCCGGUGCGAUGGGACGACACGCCCAACAACACUGCACGCUACAACAAUCCCUUUUACAAUCAGGAGAUGGACGACUUCCUGUGGCUGCCGCGCAAUCCGCUGGCGCCGAUCGAUCUGUUUGAUACGAUCGAGUGGUACGGGCCUGCUCUCGUCAGCUCGCAGGGCGGCGGCGGUGUGCUGGGUGACUGGGAGGAUGAGCAGGAAGACGACUACGACGACGAGUAUGACAGCGAUUACGAAAAGAAUCACGUCGAUGACAUUCCCCUUGGCGGCGAAGCGGCGACGCUUGCCCGGCGCUCCGAGGGCAUGCUCGAGGGCGACGAGGAGAUUGUGCUGCCCGACCACCUGGCUCGCCACUUGGAAGAGACGCAGAAUGUGGAGGAGGUGGCGGAUCCUGCGGCAAGCGUGCCCAAGCAUCUCAUGGAGGACUACAAGCGUGCCAUCCGGCGCUCGGAACGGGCAGGAUCGGUGAGCAGCGCGGGACGCUCGCCAUCCAGCCUCUUCCGCCGGGGCAGCGAUGUCUCUGCGUCGUCUGCGCGCGGCUAUGGCGGUCCGGCGCUACUGCAAGUGCCUUCACACGGCUCGUGGCGAAGCGCCGAAGGUCCGCAGGCGCCUGCAAGCCCGACUUCGGUGCGCGCCUCGCAGCGACCGGGGACUGGCGGUUCGGAGCCGCUGGCGAGUGUGGCCGAGGCAGGCGUCAUGAUCCCGCGUCGUAGCUCGAGCCGUCGCAAGCGGCGCGAGGAGAGCGGCAACGACGCCGCCGCCGAGGAUGCGCGUGCCGACGGCGAUGCGGAUGCUCGAGACGAGGCGCCGGCGACGGUGGAGCGAAGAAUGUCGCGACGCACGCGACGCGAUGCGUCGGGCGCUCUGAGCGGCUUCUCGGGCGGCACGACGCAGAAGACGGUGACGCUCAAGGCGGCGCUGCGUGCCGAGGCGCUGGAGGAAGAGAGGCGGAUCACACUCAAGGAGAAGCUGGCGUCGAGGAAGGGACGCAAGAAGGCCAACCUGUCGCGCGAUGCGUCUGGCCAACUGGAAGGGCUCGAGGAGGGGCUCACGGAUGGCGAAGAGGGCGAGCGAGGCAUCGAGGCGGGCACCAUCAUGGAGCGGUAUGCGGCGGAGCAUCGACGACGUGCUACGCAGGCGAGCGAGUUUGGCCAGCUGACGCCGCAGCGUGCCGGCGGCGGCAUGCGACGGGAUGCGUCGCAGGGUUCUGCGCUCGUCGACACCUCGUUGCUCGAGAGGAGCGGGAGCAGCGCAUAUACGGGCAAGCGCUUCCGCACGGCGGCGCUGGGCGUGCUGAGCCUGUCGCGACAGACCAAGGCGGAUGCGAAUGCGGCGCAACCGACGUCGAUGGCGAUGCAGGAGCUUGGCGGCGCACCGGCGAGCACGGCAGCGACGAGUGCAGCGGCGCCCGCCAUUGCAGGCCAAGGGGAAGUUGCGCCUGAGCGACCUAGUGGCGUGGCCGAGCGGAGCCUGACCGAGGUAGCGCUGCCUGCCGAGGCGAGCCGGACGACGGCGCUGAACGAGACGGUGGAUGUGGCGGAGUCACACCAGAACUAA